GCCGUCAGCGGAUCCGGCCGGUCGUGGCGGCGGGCGGGCGGGCAGGCAGCCUGCACCCCGCCCCGCCCUGCCCGGCCCGGCCCGGCCCGGCUCUGCCCUGCCGUGCCUAGCCGGGCGGCGGUAGCGGCGCCAUGGGGCUGCUGGAGCGGCUGCGGAAGGACUGGUUCAUCGUGGGCAUAGUGCUCGUCAUCGCCGUGGCGAGGCUGGAGCCCGCUGUCGGCGUUAAAGGGGGACCCUUGAAACCAGAAAUUACCAUAACUUACAUUGCUGUUUCAGCUAUAUUCUUUAACAGUGGACUCUCAUUAAAAACUGAGGAGCUGACAAGUGCUUUGAUGCACGUGAAACUACACCUUUUUGUCCAGAUUUUUACACUUGCGUUCUUCCCAACAGCAAUAUGGCUCUUUCUUCAGCUAUUAUCAAUCACACCUAUAAAUGAAUGGCUUUUAAAAGGCCUGCAGACCGUAGGCUGCAUGCCACCUCCUGUGUCUUCUGCAGUAAUUUUAACCAAAGCUGUUGGUGGAAAUGAGGCAGCUGCUAUAUUUAAUUCCGCUUUUGGAAGCUUUUUGGGCAUUGUUGUAACUCCGCUUCUGCUUCUGCUUUUUCUUGGAUCAUCCUCCUCUGUGCCUUUUACAUCUAUAUUCUCGCAGCUGUUUAUGACUGUUGUAGUCCCCCUUAUUAUUGGACAGAUUGUCCGAAGAUACAUCAGGGACUGGCUUGAAAGGAAGAAGCCUCCAUUUGGCGCUAUCAGCAGCUGUGUGCUCCUGAUGAUCAUCUACACCACAUUCUGUGAUACUUUCGCCAAUCCAAAUAUCGACCUUGACAAAUUUAGUUUAAUCGUAAUAGUGUUCAUAAUAUUUUCUGUUCAGAUGAGCUUCAUGUUUUUGACUUUUCUCUUCUCUACAAGGAAUGACUCUGGUUUCACACCAGCAGACACAGUGGCUAUCAUUUUCUGUUCCACACACAAAUCCCUCACCCUGGGGAUUCCAAUGCUGAAGAUAGUAUUUGCGGGUUAUGAGCACCUGUCCUUAAUUUCUGUUCCCUUACUCAUCUAUCAUCCUGCUCAGAUUCUUCUUGGCAGUCUUUUGGUACCAACAAUAAAAUCUUGGAUGGUUUCUAGGCAAAAGGCACUGAAGUUAACCAGGCAGCCCAAAGUACCUGUGAAGGUAUAAUGAUGGAGAUGGCCUGUGUCACAGUGAAUGUAUAUAUGUACUAUACUGUACACACAGACAAUUGAGACAACUGGGUAUUUGUGAAUGUUGCUUCAGUGCAUAUUUUAUUUUUAUAUAUACAUAUAUAUAUCUAUAUAUUAAAACAAUACCUGUUAAGUGCCUUACAGAUGCAUUUUUGGCAAAAGCAUUGUUUCCAGAAGCCACUUUGUUGGUUACUGCAAGAAGUUGUACAGUAUUUUGGAGUCCUCAGUUUUUAUUUUUCUAACAGAGUGAAAUGAAGAGGUCAUGACUAACAGCUGUUUCUUCCAUUACCCCUGCUUUGAUGCCAGGGUGCACCAGCUGUAAGUUUCUGUUUUAAACUAGCCAAAAUGACCAGAAGUCUAUCCCACUGCUGGCUUACCCUGGAGAAGAGCUUUCUUGAAGGUUUUUUCAAGAUUGACUUGAAUUCCUGUGUGAUACUGUUACACUCCCUAGUCAUAUGACUGUGACAUGCCUUUUUCUUCUGAGUUUGUGUAUACUCAGCAUGGGGCCAUCUAUUGGAUAGAAGCUGAGAAGCAUGAAUUAUUUGCAUUUGUUGACACAGUUGUCUAGACAUUCCUUCAAAGUUAAUGGUUUCUCAAGAAAAUUCUUUCAAUUCCAUUGUAUGAUAUUGUGCCAUUGUAUAUCUUAAAUGCCUCAUAAGCUUCUUCGAAGAAAUGGUCUGGUGCUUGGGUUAUGAGUGAAAUAUUUGUGUUUGUAGCUAGGAGAUCUUUUAUAAUUUACCCUGAAGAACCCAAUUUUUUGUUUUUCUUUUUUCUUUUUGUUGUUGUUGUUUCUGUUUUUGUUUUUCUUCCCCUGGUGCAAUGCACAGAGAUCUACGGUGACAGAAUUUAGGAUGUUAAUAUCGAAGCAGAGUCUUUAUUGUAGUAAGCCAAGCUAUAUUGCUGCAUUGGUAAUGAAUAAUAGCUUGUGAGGAUAAGAGUUGACAAUUAUUUUGUUGCCAAUUAAAAACAUCCUUACAGUAACAGGAACACUAUCUUAGCUAAUUUGACAAUCAGUCACAACUUUUUAGAAAAUCAAAUGUUACCUUUUUUUAGUGAAACUAUGUAAAACAUAUACAAAACAUUAUUUCUAAGGGGAGAGUUAAAGAGAUGGGAACACAGGCAUAUAUUUUAAGCACCUAGCCAGCACUGCAUCUUGUCUGGGAGAUUAAGAUUUCAGAAGAGGACUCUACACUAGACUCUCAGGGCUCCUAUCUGCAAAAGCUGUGCUGGCAGUUGUGGAUUAAAACAUUAAAAGGAAUGAAAGAAAUUGGUCAAAUGCAGAUCGAUAUAAGUGCAGAAAUGUCAGGUGUGUCACAGUUAACAUUGCAGCAAAUGGUGCAACUGAGCCGAUCUUUAGCAGAUGUAAAUUAUUAUAGCUCUGAUAAGGCUAUAGGCAUUUAUGCAAGCUAAAGGUCUUUUUUAUGAGAAUAGGCAUGUGAAAUUCAUAUCCUUUUGCCUUACUGAAAAACAAAUAAUCUUUGGUUUACCUAGUAUGUUUUCUCUAGUCUGGUAUUCCUGUGAACAACAGGAAAGCAGUCUGGUACCAAUCACCAGUGCUCUACCUGAUGGUCUGUCAGUGCAAGACUGCUCUGUUGCCAUCUGUGUGAGAAACUAUCUGGAGCCGACAGUGUCACCUUAUUCAAAAUUGUCGUCACUGAUAAAACAACCACACAACAAAGGUACGUGAUGUGGUAAUAAGCUGAAUUCUGUCCGUUCCCUGGAGAGGAAUCAAACUGCACACUGAGUAUGUGGGAGGGCUGAGAGACACCCCCAGUGUCCUCCAGGGCUGUGCUCUCUUCUCACUAGCCAGUAAUGCAAAGGACAGCAGGCAGUGAGCUCACAGUUUGGAUUAGCAUGUCCCUAGAUGGCAGUCAGAUCCACCAACAGGCUAACCUGGGAGGUAACUGGAGAGAGUAAUAUGCAUGUUCCUGGGCCCUUUCUUAAAAAUUCCAUUGUCUGUGCUUAAAAACCCUCCUUGCAGCAGAGUCCAGACUCAGGACAGCUCCUUUUUUGUUUGCUAUAAACCUGAACGUCCAGAAUGUUGUAAGGACUUAAUCCCACUGAAAUUAAUGUCUCUUUCCAUUGGUUUUGAAUGGCAAAGCAACAGUCCCAGGAAGAGGGACGGCUUUUUUUUUUUUUUUUUUUUAAUAUACAGGACAAGUUCAAGCAUACAGUAAAGCAUACAGUAAUUUAGUGUGGUUGUGUUGGCACUAAAUAGUCAGAACACUGCAGCUACCCUCACUGAGCUACCUCUGUGUACUGAAUCUCCUACUUUCAGUACAUCCAACGACUUGCUUAGAUUCCACUGCAAACUUCCUUUCUUUGUUAAAUACUUUCUGCAUUUAAGAAUAUUUCAGACUGUUCUAAGGUGGAGUUCUGUUAAAGCCUUUACCAAGUCAUUUUUGCUUGGGGCAACGUAAAUGUUGUGUAUAAGAGGUGUUGAUCUAAAGGGAAUAUGAAGCAAAAGUGAAAUACAUGUUUUAAAUCCAAUACUUAAUGAAACUUUAUUAUGCAUAUCAAUUCUGUUAUGUUUAAAGACUAUUAAGAUAUUUGUUUUCUGACUUGCUAUGCUGAUAUGUCCUUAAUAAACAGAAUGAUUUUGAAUUUAAUUUUGCAAAGAGGAAAACAAGAUAAAAUUACUUGUUGAGGUCAACGUUUUACCUGUUACCUAUGUUUUUUUGUUUUGUUUUGUUUGUUUUUGUGAGAAAGCUUUUAAAUUGUUUGCUUGUCCUUUAAAAAAAAUCUGUGAACUGUACUGAAAUAUUUUAUGGACUAAACUUGGGGAAAGAAAGUUCUCAGAAUACUGUAAAUUAUAAUCAAAUGUUAAUUCGUUGAAUUCCAACAAUUUUUCAGUAGAGAGUUAGGAACAUUUUUUAAAUAAUUUUUUUAGCCUUAAAUUUAACAGAGAUAUCUGGUAUAGAAAAUAAUCAGACAAAACUGGUGGCAAAUGAGGACUUGAUAUAAAAAACAUAAGUAUUUUAUUGAUCAUUAAUACUUAGCUUUUACAUAUCUGUAAUCCUGUCUAACGUUAUCAGAGCUAAAAAAAAAAAAAGGACAAUAAAACAGCACUUCAGAGUUCACAGGGAAUCUUGGCACCGUGUGUUGAGUUAAUCAAACAUUUAAUUUUCCUUUUUGUGCAGUAAAUUGAGAAGCUUAUGAUGACCCCAGUAAUAGGUCCAAGAUAAAUAUUUUUUUACAUAUUUAAAAUCAAGAUCUUUAUUUUCUGGUUGUAAUUCUUCUUAUAUAUCCUUUAGCUCAUGUGAAUAGGUUAUAUGACAGAAAAGCCACAGUCUCAGCAGAAGCUGGGUAGUUGUGAUUGUUCACGGACCAAAAGGAGAGUAAUCUAGCAGUUUGGUUUUACAGAAGUAAUCCCCUCAGUUAUUAGAGCAGUCAGAGAAAGAGGAACUUUUAUUUGUGUAUGGUUUUCUGUGAAAAUAUCUUGGCAGCAGGAGGUUAGAAGGCAAGAUGAAAUAUUGUCUGUCUGCAAGCACUUUUAUUUAUGUGUAAGUGCAUACGUGCAUAAAAUAUGAGCAGUUACAUGUGUAGAAAUACUAGAAAGUACCAAGUCCCUGGUAUACAUUUUUUUGCAAGUUUGCAUAUGGAGAGAGAGACUUUUUUUUUUGCUGUUUUUCUGACAUUAAAAAUGAAAUUUCAGACACCGAAUUGUCUUUUGUAUUGAAUCAUAAUCUUAUAUAGAACCUUUACAGCAGGUGAUCACAGCAUUGUAUUUGUAAACUGUGGACUAUUUUGCACUUAAAUAGAUGUUGAUGCAUUUGGGAAUUACAACACAGUAAGAGGCUAAAUCACGGUUUCACCAUUUUGUUAUAAUCCAAAUGUAUUUAUAUUACUAUUAUUAUAAAGUGCCAGAAACACACAGAGACCUUUUGUAAACACAGUAGACAAGAGACCUUGGUUACACUUGCACAUCUCCAGUGAAAAGGCUGUUAAGCUGUGGAGUAUUCUCCCAAGGGAAGCUGUUUGAAAAGCCCUGCCAUUGUUCUAACAAUGCUCUGUUAUAAUGUAGCUUAUGAAGAGAGUUAAAUAAAGAGUAUUUUAUAUUUUA